UUAUCGCGGAUGCACUUGAAAAUGUGGGGGACGUCCACGAUGCCGAAGACUUGGACGUCAGGAAAGACCGGGUGCUCAAAUGAUGUUGUGACAGGGUUGCCAUCACCGGAUAUACCUGGAAAUAUAACAGAUCUACUACAGCCUCGCCAUUUUGUGUACAGGGCACCAGGAACAGCCUUUAAAGCAACAACGCAGGCGAAAAGAGCCAGAUGUUUCCCUGAGACGAUCAAAGAGGAGGCGACGUCCUUUGCUGGAGAGCAAGUCUGCGUUUUCCUCUACCGUCUAAACAAGGCUAAUGAAUGAGAGACGAUGACGUCCAUUUCGAGAAAUGAGUCAGAGCUGGAGCUUCGCACACUCCUUCAACGAGAAGAACUUAUCUCCUACUAUGACAUAUUCGUCGAGAUAGGCGGGGACAAUGUGCAGCAGCUCCGUGACUGCACGCCGGACGACUUCCAGGAGGUCAUCAACCUGGUACAUAUGGCCACAAAGCCACUUCACGUCAAGAGACUGAAGAAAGCACUGAAAGAGUGGAAACCACAGCCAGUCUCGGCAACCUACACUGCGGCAGAUGGAGCAAAAGGGGAGCUUCACGAACUACUUCGACGAGCGGAUCUCCUCUCGUACCACGACAAGUUCACGCAGAUAGGCGGACGCAAUGUUCAGCGGCUUUGUGACUGCACGGUGGACGAGUUCCAGCGAGUGAUUAAUCAUGUUGGCAUGGCCAAAAAGCAGCUGCACGUCAAGAGAUUGAAAAAUGCGCUGGGCCAGUGGACACGACAGUCAGCCGUAACGAUGCCCAUUGGGCGAAACCAGCCGGAGCGUGAACUCCACGAGCUACUUCAGCGAGCGGAUCUCCUCGCCUACUACAACAAGUUCAUUGAGAAAGGCUGGGUCAGUGUGCAGCGGCUUUUUGACUCGACGAAAGAAGAGCUUCAAGAGGUCGUCGACAGUGUUGGCAUGGCUGAAUACACAUUUCACGUCAUGAGAUUGGAGAACGCACUGGCACAUUGGCGAUGGCACACAGUCACAAUGGAGCCCACUCCGGCAAAGAAACAAAAACAACCGGAGAUUUGCCAACUGCUUGAACAAGCGGGACUUGGCUGUUACAAGAAGAAAUUCAUGGAAAUAGGCGCAGACGAUAUGCAGCAGCUUCACGACUUGACUGGCGAAGAGUUCCAUGAGGUCAUCGACGGGGUAGAGAUGUCCAGGAAGCCGAUUCAUAUAAAGAAACUCAAGAAGGUACUCGAAGAAUGGACCAGGCACGCAGGCACAUUGCAAGUUCGCCCACCAACAGUGGACGAGAGAUCUUCUGAGACUGCGGAUGACAGAGCUGGGAUGCAUUCUGCCAUCGACAGGAGAGACGUCGAGCAAGUGCGAAAGUAUAUGCAGGAAAGACCGUUUUUAAAGAUGUGGCUCAAUCCACAUACGGAUGAGUCUGCUAUGCUUCUAGCUGUGAAGAAGAACGCGUUUAAAGUGUAUGCCCUUCUGCGGUCGGAAAAAUGUGAAUUCAAGGACAAUGACGAAAGCGAUUGUCUUUCUUCUUUGAAUAAGCUCCAAAAGUCAGAACUCGUGCGACAAGAAGAUUUCGUAACCCAGUCCCAGGAAUCUCACAUCUAUGCCCUCAAGAGCAGAUCGAAGAGCCAAGCCGCUUGUGAAGGAUUUGACGAAAUUAUCGAUAACUUGUAUCGUGCUCUCGACAGCAGCGACUUACUCCGGCCCGUGUUGAAAGUAGCAUCAGAGGCCCCCCAUUUGAGUAUUCUCUUCGACUUUGAGCGAGAGCACACCCACUGCAUGACGGGCCACGGCAGUGAAUGCUGCGGGGUAACUCUCCUAGAAAGACAACGAAUCUUUGUGGGAGCCAAGGGGCUCCGCGGGGGACCAACGCAAGCCACGAAUGAUCGCACAAAUGAAGUCGCAGGGAUCAUGGUCCACGGGCUAUGUCAUUUGGCUCUUUUUCUGGUAUACAAAAAUAGAGCAAGGCCCUACCGGCGCAGCGAUAAAAUCAGAAGAAAACAUUACGCAAGUAUCUUGGAGGACGCCAAAGGUAGAAAGGAAUACUUGCAUGAUAUCUUAAAAUGGGUAUUUAAUGAGGAAGCCAAAAAAGAGGAAGCCAAAAAAGAGGAAGCCAAAAAAGUGGAUGCCAAAGCAGAACUUAUCGUUCAGGUACCUCAUCUUCUUGCUCUUGAUCCUACAAAAGGCGACAAAAUUCUCGAGAAACAAGUCCCGAGACUCUACCAGUUCUUCAAAGAGCACGUCGUCCAUGAUAUGGAACUGUGCACACAGAAUGACUAUCCCAUAAAGGAAAGCGAAAUAAUCAGGGAGUUCAACGCAAAAUUAAGGAGGGCGUCAUCAACAGAGAAUCUGAAGAUAACAUUUCAGACAAGGCUUCAGCAGAGUGUUCUUGUACGUAAGCCGUUUGUUGUCCUGGCAGCAUCGAAUUUGUUGUUCCUCGAAGCAAUGGUUAAUGACCUCGUGAGAGAACAAGAUGUUCCCUAUCUGUUUCUCGAAGCAUCACAGUGGAAGCAGGAAACAUAUAACAUCCUAGACAAGAACAAGUGCAGGUUCUUGCUCCUAUCGUGUGAGGGCAAAACUGACCUCCAAGGCAUUCUCCAGUACUCAGAAGAGCUGCAUGACAUCACCGGCACGAACGUCAUUCUGCUGACGUCAAACACCAACCUGGAGCACUGUCGCCAUGAGGUUAAAAAGAUACCACUAUCUGAGAGCGAAGUUGUCGAAGACAUACAGUGUGCUAGUUAUGAGAAUGUGAGAUCAGUGUGCAAGAAAGCGAUUAUAGAAAUGUCACAGAUCGCACUUCAGUCUCCCGACCACAAGUCUUAUAUUCACCCCAUCCCAGAUACGGAUCGGUUUUUGGAAAUUUGCUGCGAGAACACGUUUCUAACAUUGUGCAGAGAAAAAGUUCUACAUUUUGGCCCACAGCUGAAGGCACUUAGCGAAAAUGUGAGCAAGUGCUACAUUGAACAAAAGUGUCGAAGGUCCAUUGAAGUGGAUUUGAGAAAGAUCGAAAAGCAUUCUAGGCACGACGCUUUCGCUAUCCUCGGGUGCGAAGAGGAAACACUUCGGUCAUUUCUACCAAAACGGCAUGCUGCGAAGCGAAUGAGCACCUUGAACAAGUUCGAGAAAUUUGUCAUUCUGGACAGCGACGGUGACUACAAUGAUCUUGUUGACAAGGACUAUUACAAGGGGGAAACAGUCCACCUGCUAGAAUUCGAUGAUGGACGCUUCACGUGGAGAAAAUCAAAUGGCGCUCCAAGUCACCUUCCCAUGAUCGGUGAAGAAAACUGCUCAGCAAUUUCUCUACUUCAAAGAAGUGAGAAAGUCAUCGUUGUGUCCGGCGGCUCAGGAACGGGAAAAACCGUGUUGGCGACCUGGCUUUGCACACAAAUCAAGGACUCAGACAAGCAAGCAUGGGUGCUUCAUGUCAGUAAUUAUCCGCAGGUGCAAGAGGCUAUGACUAUACACAGUGGACAAACUGGUGUAAUUAAUUUCAUACCGUUCGCGAAGUUGUGUGGCGUGUCAACAAGCGGAGUAGAGUUUGAACUGUUUCAGGAAAGCGUCACUGAGGGACGUCCGUUUAACGUGUGGGUCAUUUUCGACGCUCUUGACGAAAUUCAGGAGACCAUGCGGAAAAUUAUCCUUGAUCUCACGAAGGUCUUGGUGGAAACCAAGCUUUCUAAGAUACUGCUGUUCACACGCACUAUAUGUACAAAUUCGAUUCAAGAUGAAAUGCACGUGGUGUCUUUCCACAUGAAUCCGUUCUCAGAGGACGACCAAGAGAAAUUUCUGAAGAAAUACUUUGAUCAAACGGCACAAUCUCCAUCCAAUGCUGAGGCCAUUUACAAAACGUUCGAAAAGAUACUUCACCACGUUAAGAUGAAAGACAGCUCCAUUCUAGGCAAUCCUCUUCUUCUCCGAAUGAUGGCCGAGGUGGGGCGGGGGGAAACUUCUGACCCCGAUUACUGCGGUCCGGUGCAAAGUAUGUUGAACUCUCAUAAUUGCUAUCUACUGUUAUCCGUGUACAGGUUGUUUGUCGAGUACAAAUACCUGCGAUAUCGCAAAGAAAAAAAGAAUGAGGAUAUAGGAAAAGCCGCCGCCCAAGAUGAUGACAUGAGCUUGAAGCCGAAAUUUUACGACGACUAUGGUCGCCUAGCAGUCAAGGCUGUUCUCUCCCAGGACGUCCUCAAGGGACUACUAAGUGAAACUGAGUCCCGUGACUUGGAACCCAGUGGGACGCUAAUGACGGACGUCAAGGAGAACAGGCUAAAACACGGUCUCAUACAGGAAUUGAGCAACGAUGUGCCUCGCUUUGUGCAUCACAGCUUCGCCGAGUUUUUCGCAGCAGAUUCGCUCUUCAAGAGGCUACAAAAGGUGGAUGCUAGAAGCCGUGAAGGUAUGGCACGUAUUGUCUCCAGGUUGUAUGGAGAAUCUAGCUAUGAGGGCAUGUUGAGUUUCUUGGAUGGUCUAGCAGCAGAGCGACACAUAGUACACAGCAGUAUUAUGAAUAACGACCUAGAGAGCUUUAGAGAAGCUCUAGAAAAUGAUUGCUCUCUAGACAGCUUCGAAAGAACGGCUCUGCACGUCGCUGCGCUGCACGCUGAUCACGCUAUCUUAAACCAUAUUCACGUCAAUGAAGCGCUGACACAGAAAGAUAUGAUAGGUAUGACACCUCUCAUGUACGCUGAUCAGAUUCAAUCCUGGGACAGAUUAGACGCCUUCUGCGCUCGUGCUGGCGGUUUUCCUGUCAAUUGGUUUGAACAACUACCGGCGGUGCUCGUGAACCUCACCUCUCAACGAAGUCUUGAUAGUUCAUUUGUAUACGACCUCAUUUGCAAGCGGCGUAAGGGACUAUUAUCUGUGCUGCUUAGAGAGUUUUGCAAAAUUAAGAUAUAUUCCAGUGACAUCUGCAUUGAGAGUGCACCACGAUGCUUCAUGGAAAACGUCAGCCCCGAUCAGGACGUGAUAUAUACCCCUGUAGAUAUUGACCGUAUUAUUUUUGUCGGUUUCUUUACGCCCUUAUAUAUCAGCAUCAUUAAUGGCGAACUUGAUAUUUUCCAGAUGCUUCUUCCUUAUUCCUCACUAAACUUUAAUGACAUGCUUGGCAAAACAGCGCCCAGUGAAUGCGUUGCCUACGGUCGUACGGACAUGCUGAAGCAUCUACUCCCUUUAACACCUGUAUUACAGUACCGCGAUGUAUGUCUGAGUAAACCUGAUACUGUAGACGUUCUACUCCCACAUUUGUUGGCCGAAUUCGCUAUUAAGAAGGGCCUCUUGCACAACAGCAUUGAUAUGGGACACAAUGGAGUAACGAAAGCUAUUCUCCCUCACACUGAUGCAAGUGAUCGCAAUAUGCAUCUAGGCAAAACGGCUUUACAAGUAAGCGUGCGCUCCGGUUACUUGGAUACGGUGAAACUUAUGCUGCCUUACUCUGAUGUUCAUGGAAUUGACAUGCACGACGUAGCUCCACUUCUCAUGGAUGUUGACGACAGUGAUUCACUGCCGAGACGGGCAGUACAUAGGAUACUGCAGUUUGAGGACGUGGUAGACAAAAAGGGGAGUAAUGCCGCAUUUGCCAUUGCGCAACUCUUCAUUCUUCAUUCGACCAUGGUCUCUCUUAACAUUGACGCCAAAACAAUUCUGCGGAUUGGCAUCAAGUGUAGAAACCCCCUUGCCACUUUCAAACUGUUUCUUCCUCAUCUGUAAGGCACAUCCCGUGCUAUAAGACAACAAAUAUCAGCCCAUUAUCCUUUAACGGAUGGACAGCAGGAUAUCCUAAAGUAUCUCAUUUCUUACACUCCGAUUAACACUCUAGGUGAGGAUGAAUAUACACCACUCGUUACCUGCUGCCGUAACGGACACUUCACAUUGGCGAAGCUUCUCCUUCCUCUUACACUAGUUGACAGACUUCAAAGCAAACCAUUGUUUCAUAGUGUGCUCGAAAGCAAGUGUCAUAUCGUAGAGAUGCUUCUCCCUCACUCCUUGAAACAUCGUAGCGACAGUGUGUUGCUAACUGCCGUCGCUUUGAGAGGAGUGGGUGAGAUGAAGUUGCUUCUCCCUCAUGUUGAUGUGAACGCUCGUACAAAGAGGAAAAGGACAGCGUGGCAUAAAAGUGUGCGCCGAGGUGACUGGCCAUGCGUACAGCUCUUUCUGCCGUACACAGACAGACAUGAGAGUGACAUGAGUAUAAACAUGGCGCUGCUGUUGAAUGCUAGCAAAGAGUCGAAAACCAGUCGCAAAUCGUUGAAGGUAAAAUAUAAGCACACUGGGGAAAUGAACGAUGGAGAUGUCAAAAUAUUUAAGCUGCUUCUCUUCCACUCGAGCUUCAACAUUGCGGACGCAGAUCGGGCCCUCCCACUUGACGGGAGCGUCUCAGACAUUGACAUGAUGGAGUUAUUCUGCCCACAUCGGUUGCUGAAAAAGCUAUUCCUUCCACAUUCGCCACUCACGACUUGUGGUAUAAGUGUGGCAGAGUUCAUCGAGUUGGUUGCAAGAACUGAGAGGGAGGAUGUACUGAAGUAUCUCAUUUCCUUGACCCCAAUUAACACUUCUGACGAAAACAGACUAACACCACUGGAUUACUGCAGCCGUAAUGGGCGCCUGACAGCGGCGAAGCUUCUUCUUCCUCUUACACUAGUUGACGAACAUCAAAGCGAACCAUUGUUUGAGAGUGUGCUCGAAAGCCAGUGUCAUAUCGUAGAGAUGCGUCUCCCUCACUCCUUGAAACAUAGUAGCAACAGUGUGUUGCUAACUGCCGUCGCUUUGAGAGGAGUGGGUGAGAUGAAGUUGCUUCUCCCUCAUGUUGAUGUGAACGCUCGUACAGAAAGGAAAAGGACAGCGUGGCAUGGAAGUGUGCGCCGAGGUGACUGGACAUCGGUGCACCUCCUUCUACCUUAUGCAAACGCACGUGAUAGCGACAUCAGUCAGAACAGACCCUUAUUGUUGGGUGCCUGCAAAACGUCGAAAGAGCAAGAGGAAGACGUGGAAGAUGAAAAUGAAGGUGAAGAAGGAGAUGAGGACGAGGAGGAGGGAGAGCUAGGAGAAGAAGUGGAAGAAGGUGGUGAUUAUGAUGAUGAUUAUGAUGAUGACGAUGCUGAUGAUGAUGACGACGAUGAUGAAGAUGAUGAUGAUGAAGACGAUGAUGAUGAUGAGAAUGUGGAAAUGCGCGAUCAACGUAUGAAACUAUUACAGCUGCUUAUCCUCCACUCGGACUUCCAUAUUAUUGAUGCGGAUCGGGCUCUGCCACUCGACGGGAGAAUCAAAAACAUUCACAUGAUGAAGUUACUACUACCGCAUUCAAAGAGGAACGAACCUCUCCCUGUGGACGUGCUGCCUCGCAUUAACCCUUAAUGCUGGCAACAUCGAUGUCCUGAAGCUCCUUCUGGGCCAUUCACUUUUUUUUUAACACCACAGUGAUCGCAGAUGUUCCACCAAGCUCUACCUGUGCGUUUUGCCUUUCUUUCUGUCGUCGUACCAGGCUGCUAAAUCCUCACGCUCUAACCGUCAUCAUCUACUCUCCUAAUCAAUCUCCCCAUUUUUGUACCGCGGUGCCGUUAUCGGUUGAUAUUCAUUUUUACUUUGUAGUCUGUACUUCUCCUAUGGUGGCACCCUAUUCAUGACUUUUUAUGUGGCAUCUCGCAGUCGACAUUAAUGUGUAUACAAUUAACUCAGUCUAUAUGUUCUGCACCGCGCUGUCGAACGGAAUGGAAUCCACGUGCGACGAAAUGACACUUCCAGGUGACAUGCCAUAUGUUCAUACCAUCUAUCCAUCUGAGGACCACACUUCAUUAUAAAAUGACAUCAUACGCAUUACUAAUAGCAUUAACAAUAAUAUAAUGCUCGUAAUAAUAUUGCGAGUGUAUUCGCGUUUGUUUGUAGACCACACAUUCAGUGUUAUCAUUUUUCAGCAAUAAAUAAUUCCAGCAGCUGA